AUGGCAGAAGACAGUGAGAACAAAGCCGACAUCGAGCCGCGCGAUGUCGAUCAAACCGCCGCGCCGUCAAUGCCAGUUUGGAAGGACGACGAUGACGACCUGGAGGAAGACCAUGACGGCGUUGCAGAAACAUCUGAACCUGAAUGGGUGAUCAAACGUCGCCGUGAGCUGUUGAAGGCGCAGGACACGGGUGAGCUGGACGCUGCCAGUGCUUUGACGGGGAAGUUGGCCAAGGUAAAGCCCAGCAGUCGCACAUCCGGAGUGCGAUUCCGUAUAGACCGACAGGGCGAUUCGCGUUACAACAUUUCUGUAGAUGGCGGCAUCGGUCAAGUUGGCUUUGACCAAGGGUGCUCCGUUUUGGCAGUCCUUGGUCGCCGAUCGAAAUCGGUCCUUCUAUAUGAGGUGGAUCGCCAUCGCAGCGAGGGCAAAUACUUCCGCCUUAAGGGAGAGAUGUCUUCUCCCUCCACCUCUGGCGAGGCCGUUUCGAGUUUCGCGUUCUCCGACGAGGGCAAGAGCAUGCUCCUCGUCACCAACCGAAAAAGCGUUAUGAAGUACGACAUGAACCAAAACUCUACCUUGCGAAUAUCGAGCCUUACUAACCCGCGCACCGAAAGCAUGUAUAGUCGCGUACAUACUCCACCUGCGUCUGAUGAUGAAGCGGCGUCUGUGUACGCCCUGAGCUGUUCGGAUCACGGCGGAGUCCUGCUUUGUGAUGCUCGUUCUAAUGCGAUCAUGCACCACUUCCAGAUGAAUGCGGUGUCUGUGGGAGUCGGGUUCCAUUAUCGCGCCGGUGUCGUGAUCACGGCUGACAAGGAGGCGAAUAUUUAUGAGUGGGAUUUGGCUACCGGCCGUUGCCUGCACAAAUUCAAGGACGAUCACUCCCUCCACCUGAGUAGCUUUGCCAUAUCACCAGGUGCUCACGAAGAGUUCAGCCGCCAUGCUUUCGUGGCAGCAGGAUCACAGAUGGGUUUUUUGAACCUGUUUCCGCUGCUGCCUGGCGCAGCCGAGGACGAGGAACGGUCGUGUAUUAAGCGCGACCUUUUGAAGAGCUACGGCAACCUGUCCACCCCUAUCACCAGCAUAUCGGCUGACGAUAGCGGCAAGUUCAUCGCGUACGGCUCGGAGCACAAGAAGAACGCCCUGCGCAUCAUCCACAACCCAAGCGGCUGCGUGAUCGGCAACUGGCCGACAGAGAACGUGGGCCUCGGCCGUGUGACCGACGUGGCGUUUGCAUCGCGAUUCAGCACACUGGCCGUAGGUAACCGAGCCGGCCGCGUGCAAUUCUUCCGCAUUCUCACAACUUAG